AUGAGAAAAUAUAACUCUGAUUACUUGGAAAUCGGUGUUACGUUCACUGGACCUGAGCAACAGCCUAAACCUCAGUGUGUAAUUUGCUAUGAAAGCCUUUCGAAUGAAUGUAUGAAACCAGCAAAACUCCGGCGCCAUAUUGAAACAAAGGACCCAGAGUACAAAAGUAAGUCAUUAGAUGUUUUCAAAAAUAAAUUAGGAGAGUUGAAAACAUCUCGUAAAACAAUUACCAAACACUGUGGUGCAAAUGUAAAUGAAAAUGCAACCCUUGCAUAUUACAAGAUGGCUCAACUUCUUGCUAAAUGUGGGAAAAACCACACAAUGGGUGAGGAACUUAUACUGCCAUCAGAAACAAUAGUUUGCAAGAGAAUAUUAGGUGAUGCAGCUGCUAAGGCAAUAGGAACUGUCCCGCUCUCAAAUAAUACUGUUCAAAGAUGA